UUUACAUCUAACUGCAAUAUAUUGUUUGUUUCUUUAUUAUAAAAUAAAAUUCUCAUGGUGUUGCAAGAUCCCUCACCUACUGCAAAUAAUGGUAGCAAAAAGAGCACAUCCAAGUGGCUAACAAAGAAAAAAGACAGUGAAUUAAUCAAAUGAAGUUAAAGGAGCUGUGAAUGUAGUUGAAGGGAUAAUAAGGGUAUAUUUGUAUUAGUGGUAUGUAAUGGAAUACAAGGAAAUGCUACAGAAAUAUGUCACUAUGUGAACAAGUACAUUUUGCAGUACUCUAAAAUAUUCAAUUAAUGUGUUAGUUUUAGUUGACAGUUAGUUGGUAAAUCUGUUAUGAAAAUUACUAGUAUGUUAGAGUUAGUUACACUAAUCAUAGUUUAAUUUGCUCUCUAUAAAUCAAUACCAGUAAUGUACUAAACUGUUUCAAUCAAUUGCAUAUUCAUAAGUCAUAACAAAGUUUUGUUUUCUUUGACAUUUCUCUCAAAUUCUCUCAACCCUUAAACUGUUUCAACCUGAAAAAGGAAGGAUACCUUGCCAAGGAACUAAAGCAGCAUUACCAAUAAAUUAUAAUGAUCAACGCGACAUUUGAAGCCACAGUUUUAUUUGUUCCCUCUCAAAUACAAAUUCAAGAAGCAUUUUUUCCUUUGAUAAUGGCAAAGAUAUAAAUUAUGUUGAAGGGUUCUUGCUGCAGAAUCUAACUCUGAUUCAAACCCCGGAUACAUAGAGUUUAAAGAAUCUCAAUCUGAUUUUGUUGAAGAUGGCGAAAGUGACACUUCAUGUGUAUGACUUGACCAAUGGAUCAGAGAAGAUGAACAGCACUAUUGUUCACAUCAACAAAAUUUUCAAGAAUGGUAUUGGUCUUGGUGGUAUCUUCCACAGUGCUGUUCAGGUUUAUGGAGAUGAUGAAUGGUCAUUUGGAUUCUGUGAGGAAGGUACUGGUGUUUUUAGUUGCCCUUCAAGGAAGAAUGCAAUGUUUACAUAUAGAAAAUCCCUUGUUCUAGGGAAAACAAACUACAAUAUUUUCAAGGUCAAUCAAAUAUUAAGAGAACUUAGUAGAGAAUGGCCAGGAAAUUCUUAUGAUCUCUUCUCCAAAAACUGCAACCACUUCUGCGAUGAAUUUUGUCUAAGACUAGGUGUACCAAAACCUCCAGGUUGGGUUAACAGGUUUGCUAAUGUUGGUGAUACUGCUAUGGAAGUGGUUGGGAAUACAGCAUCACGAUUCCGGCAAGCAAAAACGGAGAUUGUAUCAGCAACCAAAGCAGCAUACAGAUUCCUGUUUUGUGUUACAAAUAAUGUUAAAACUGAUAUGGAUGAUUCCCCCUAGCAAUUCAGAUAGAAGAGAAUCUUCGAAUAGAGUUCAAGCUGCUUUGUUGAAAAAUGUUUUUACUAAUGAUAUGGAACCAUCUACUUCUAGUAGUUCAGAAGCUAAGAAUCCCACGAGAGGUUAAGCCUCAACAACAAAUA